UCACUCAGUCUACGAACGUUUGCCACGAGACUUCGAUCUCUCCACCGCAUCGCACACCGCUAUCUCUGUCUCUCUCUUUUCUAUCCACCCGCCUGUACCCGUCUCUCUCUCUCUCUUUCUCUCUCUGUCUCUCUCUCUCCACUUUUCCUUUUCCCCGCUCGCGCGGCCAGAUAGAAAGCCAACGGUGGACCGGGGAGGCGCGCGUAGUAACCGUGCCGACGGUUCAGCGUCAACGGAGAGGUCCUGCCGUAGUUACCUCGUGCUCUUUCGGUUACUCCGGCCCCGUAUAGUCACCGUGCAACCCCCGUUCGUCCGCUUCGACCGGCUGCGGAUCUACCUGCGGCGCAGCGAGAUUCCUGUGACUUCGAUAGCGGUGCGAUAACCACAAAGUACCAAGAUGGCUGCAUUCGUGGCGAAGCAGAUGGUCGGGAACAAGCUCAAUGCGGUUAAAGGAGCGGUAGGCGGCGAAGGCGGUGACGAAGAUGACAAGGAGAAGGAGGAAGAGGCCGAGAGGGAGAGGUUGGAGGCUAUCAGGGAGGCCGAGGAGCGAAGGAAGGAGAAGCACCGUAAAAUGGAAGAGGAACGAGAGAAGAUGCGACAGGAGAUCAGAGACAAGUAUAACAUAAAGAAACGAGAGGAAGUGCAAGAGAUCCAGCAAGAAGAACCUAAUCCUCUGAUGCGAAAGAAGAAAACGCCGGAGGAACUGGCGGCUGAAGCCGAAGCCGAGGACGAGGACGAUUUCACUAAACUGAGGAACACGAUAGAAACGCAGGUGAACGAAUUCAAAACGCAAAUCGAAGCAAAGUGCAACCUCCAAUGAGCCUAUCACUCCGCGCGGUACGCGAGAAAGAUGACGACGCCGUACGUCGUCGUCAGAAUCGCGUCCGUUUCUCAUCCUCUGUUGUCCGAAAGAACAAAGAGGCAAGGGGUAGCGGAAGAUAUAACAAAGCAGCGAGAAAGCGGAGGAAUAACACGUGAAGUAGCCAUCAGCAUUGGGAUGCCAUCGUCGUGUCGACCAAUCGUCGAUCGAUUUCAAUGGUCGAUUGGUCGAUCGUUGCUUAGAGCAAAGUGAGCGACGAGAACGAUCCAGAGGACUUGCCAAGAUUUUCCAGGGAAUUCCUGAAGGAUCUUUCAUUGCCGUCAAGAUUGGAUGCAACUUUGGAAAUCGGAAAUGAUCCCGUUGAGAAUUUUGUUCUAAACAAAACUUAGGGAUGAUCCAAGAAGAAAAAUUGCUUCUCCAAUUGUUUAAAAUAUAUAGAGAAAUACGAAAUGGAUUCAAAAGGUUGAAAUUUAUGGAAUAUUGUGAAUUUACAAAUUCGCACCUGCUGAAGGAAAUUAAAAACCAAAUUUCAAAGAUUUCAUUUCGAGAAGAGUUUAAGCUUCAACAAAGCCAAUAUUUAGAAUUUAAAACAAAUUAUUGACUAAAAAUGCGAAGCUGAAUUUUAGACAAAUUACAAUGCAAUUAUGUUCUAAACAGAUUAGAAUCUAAAAAAAUUCAGCAGGAAUUCAAUAAGGAACAAAAUGUGACGUAAUACGAAUUUCAUUGGACAUCAUAAAUCUUCAAAUAUUAACUAAAUAAACGAUAGAAUUAAAUUUAUACGCUAAAUAGAAAAAAAAAUCAGAAGACAAAUUAAAUCAGCAGAUAAAAGAAUGGAGUUGAAGAUGCUCGCCGUUAAGUCUCUCAAUCCCUGCGACGAGCAACUAAAAACUUUAGUAAAAUAAAAGUUUCCGUAAACUUGGAUGAAUGCGAAAAAAUUCUCGACGGACGUCCCGAUAUUCCCCAAUACAAUGCAACGAAGAAAAACAGACGACAUUGAAGAAAAAGAUCAUGAAGUCGAAGAUCACACCAGGAGAAUCGAUAAACACACUAUGGAUGAUCGCCUUGAAUAUAUGAAAUAGGACAAAUAAGUACACAAAAUCGGUAUGUUUCUUGAUAAAACGGAGAAGACAAGAUUGCAUAAAUCAAUAUAUCGCGGGAAAAAAAUUCGACAUCUGUAGAAACCUAAUCUCAUCUGAUUUGUAAAGUAAAUCACGUGGCAAGACGGAAGAAGAUUUCCAGAAGAGCGAGAGGAAAGAUGUUUGAAAUAUUGUCGAUCGUCAAUGGUGUUCGUGAUGGGAAAGUUCAGAAGGGAAAAGUGAUGUAAAUGAUGACGAAGGCAGAAAGGGGAAAAAUAAGAGAAAAAGAAAGAAAGAGAGAGAGAGAAUGCUGACUCGACCAGAGUGUGAUUUUUUUAUGUCAUUGUUGCAGUUAAAACAAAGUGCGAAGUGACGUUGUUUUAUAUAGGAUAAUUAGGUGUUCUGUAGAAUGUGUUUAGGCGUAGUAUAGUUUUAUGACGAAUCAAUUAUCCGAUAUGACGAGUGAAAUAUCCAAUCGGGUGGGUAAUCGAGUUAUUUUCUAUUUAUAGUUCGUCUAGGUGUUUCACACACAAAGUUACGGAGAAUUUUUGGCGCAAUUUGGUGGUUUGAAAAUCAGCCAAUAGAUUCAUCGUUCGAUUAUUAUCAAUGUUAACGUUUCGUUCAUCUAGAUAUUUUACGGAAUUACCUAUUUAUUCUACUACGUUCCAAGAUCGAUAUUAUUAUUGUCGCACACGACGAACGUUUCGGACAUAUUGAUUGAUUCUCGGAUAGGGAUGCUCUAUAUAAUUAGACGCGCGAUUUUUGGAACGAUCUUUGAAAACGUUUUCAGGUAAUCAUCGAGACUUUCCAAGUUCUCUAUCCAACAUCAAUAAUUGGCGCAAAGUACAUCUGAGAGAUUGUUUCGCGACAACAGUAAUAUUCUAUCUUUGAGGUCUUACUAUAGUUGCCGCACGAUCAGUCGGUCAGACGUACUUAUUAGCUGUCCGACAGGAAACUUCGGACAUAGUUGGGUAUUUGAACACGAAACCUCAAACUUCCCUAUUAGAUGAUCAAUUAACAGUUCCGACAUAUUCGUCGUAUGAACCUCUAUACUACUGCAUAUACAGUCGGCAUUAACUAUCUCUGGAUUAAUUGCUGUCCCUUUCUAUCGUGUUAUAAACCCUUCUCUUAGGUGGUAAUCGCGUUGCAGCUUUUGACUAUAGAAUUAUGGAUUGCUAGCUGUACAGUUUCUAUCAUGAUAUACAAAAGACAAGGUGCAAAGCUCCGUCUACAGUGAGAAAGAACAGACAACGUAAGUAAAAAUAAUCCCAAAUAAGCAAGAUAACAGAAAUGUAAUUAAAAUAUGGAAAAAAUUAAUGAGCAAAUAUAUUAAAAAGUGAAGUUAUUGGUAAAAGCUGAGCCAAUAUCGGUUACGAUAUUGGCUCAAUAUUUUCAAUAUUUGAGAUUAAUUUUUGAUUAAUUAUGCGCUACUUUUUUAUCGAACGCAUUAACCUUGUCUUUUUACGUCAUGAUUUCUACGUACACAAUACAUAAAACAUGCAAUAAACAUAUCAAAGCCGGAUAUAUUCAUGCGCCUAGUGCAUUUAAAUUCAUAAUUAUUGAUAUUAAAUUGCAAAUAAUUUAAAUUCAUCGAUUUAAUACCUACGCAGAAUCUACAAGAUCGAAGGGAGCAGAUGCGAUAAUAAGAUAAUGUGUGUGACAGUGUAAUAUCCCUCAAAAUUCUGUCAAAUUACACAUUAUUUCUCUCGACCGGCAAGCAAAAUUUUACACUAGCAGUUGAUAUUUUAUAGUUAAAGGUUUUAGACUCCUUUUUAGAGUCCAAAAAAAAUUCAAUUACAAUGCAGCGCCGUCUGGUCGCGCAGCAUACGGCUCUCAAAGCAGAUAUUAUGCUUGCAAAUAUCACGUGCUCUAAAACAAGGCGCAGGGCGGAAAGUUUAGCCCCUCUCGUUCGCUACGAUGCAAUGACGAUGGAUCUUAAUAUAUAUACAUAUUAUAUAUAUAUAUAAAUAUAUACAUAAAUAAAUAUAGAUAACUAAGAAAAGACGAAAGAAGCAAAAAAAAAAAAGAAACGUACGUUAGCACGUUAAGUUUUUAGGAAAGGAUUUUUGGAUAGUGAGAAAAUAAUAAAAAAUAGCUGAGUUAUAUAGUAGAUAAAAGUUCGUUCGCGCGCGACAAACUGUUUCGAUAUAUUAAGGGGAGAGGGAAAUGACGAAGGAGGAGUUCUUAUUAUUAUCGUCAUUAUUAGUAAUGCUACCAUGAUUAUUAUUAAGAUUCCGUAUUUAAAGAUCAACAUCGAGCGCCAUGGAAGAAUCGCCACGAAAUAUAAAAGAUGAUAAUUAGUAAUCCUCGCUCUGCCAUUUUUCCAAUAAAUCCGAAAAGAAAAGUGUUAAUUUAAAAAAAGUUAAGUGAGAAGCGAAAA